AUGGUGCGAUCAGCCAAAGAUGCCACUCGCUUCACGGCAACCACACCGUAUGCCAGUGCCAAACCUCAAGGACAAUUUACUCCGGCUCCGGUACACAUGGGUCAAGCUGCGCCUUCGGGAGAAACACCCCAGCAAAAGAUUGCAAGAUUAAGAGCUGCGGCUGCCAGAGCACGAACGGGCAAGGAAUCAAACUUCGAUGCCGUUGUCAGAGUUGGAAGAAGAUGGGCAGAUAGAGCACACAGAGUGACUGCGUAUUCACUGAUAGGAUUGACCGUCGUCUGUGGAGUCACCGCAUCCUUCGCCAUCGGAGACAUGCUCAUGCACAACCGCAAGAAGCGCAACGAAUGGCUCGCCGACCAACAAGCAAAGCACCAAGUCAAGAUCAACGAAGCCCGCAUCGCAUUCACCCAAGGCCUCGCCGACGAAGACCAAAUCCUGCUCCUCAACCAAGAGCGCACCAAAUCCGAAGCCGCCGAACUCCAAAAGAAGCAGCCUGGCAUGAUCAGCCGUAUCUUUUCGUCGGCACCAAAGGAAGAGUCAAAGGGAGGUAAUCUGGGCGCUGCUGCGAGAGCGGCUGCUCAGGACGCUGCGGUUGAAGUCAAGGAUACGGCGACUGUUGCGAAGGAAAAGGUCAAGGAACUGGGUAUUGUCAAGGCGGUGGAAGAUAAGGUUGAGGAGCACAAGUGGCAGAAGCCGCAAACAGUGGGCGCAGAGGCUGUUGUUGGAGGCCCGCUAGACAGAGAAGCAGCAGCUUCGGUGUUGGCAGUGCAAGAAAAGACAAAGAGCUGGACAAACUGGUUGUUGAGGAGGUGA